ACGAAACUGACGCGAGGGCCCAGCUCACGGACCUGUCCUGUGUCCUCCGCAGCACAGCACGACCCCAUCGGCGUCACCCCGGCGACUUCUGCGUCCUCUGCCCUCCACGCUCCCCCGCUCUGCCAGGCUUCCCAGAAGAUUUGGUUGAUUUCCCCCCAAUCCAGUGAUUCCAUCCCUGUUCUCCACUUCCACCGGAACCUCCCAGAGACUUCCAGAAGGCUCUAGCGACCCCCGCCGCUUUAGAGCUACCCGCGGCGAGAUUCAGGAGCUGCCUGCCAUGGUGAAGGACAGCGCCUACUACGAUGUCCUGGGGCUCAGCGUCGACGCGUCCCCCGCCGAGAUCAAGAAGGCGUAUUACAUUAAGGCGAAGCUGGUGCAUCCGGACAAGAAUCCCGGGAACCCUGACGCGGCACUCAAGUUCCAGGAACUUGGAGAGGCUUAUCAAGUCCUAAGUGAUCCUGGGAAAAAGGAGGCGUAUGAUAAUUAUGGAAAGGAGGGUAUUCCCCAGGAUAACAUGGUGGAUCCUGCUGCUGUCUUUGGGAUGCUUUUUGGAAGUGACUAUUUUGAAGAUUACGUUGGCCAGCUUGCUCUAGCAUCUAUAGCUUCAGUGGAGGUUGAGGAAAACUCAAAUAGUCAAGAGGCAAGAGCAAAAGUUCAAGAAAAGAUAAAAGAAUUACAAAGAGAAAGAGAACAAAAGCUUACUCAGAGUCUGAAGGACCGACUUCAAUCAUAUGUAGAUGGGAGAAAUGAUGAAUUUGUGAGCUAUGCAAGCGCAGAAGCUAGGCGUUUAUCCGAAGCAGCAUUUGGCGAGGCUAUGCUUCACACCAUUGGUUAUAUUUAUGUCCGGCAAGCAGCAAGAGAACUCGGGAAAAGUAGAAUUUACAUGGGUGUACCUUUUAUAGCUGAAUGGGUUAGAGACAAAGGACACCACAUUAAAUCACAGGUUAAUGCUGCUUCAGGUGCUAUUUCUCUAAUACAACUUCAAGAAGGGAUGAAAAAGAUGGAGGGGAGUGAGGACAGCGAGGAGCAACUUAUGAAGAGUUUUGAGGAGAAAAAAGAUGCCAUGCUCAGCUCGCUUUGGAAAAUCAAUGUGGUUGAUAUCGAGUCCACGCUCUCACGUGUCUGCCAAGCAGUUCUGAGAGAUAGCAUGGUCUCCAAAGAUGUCCUGAAGCUGCGAGCCAAAGCGUUGAAAAAGCUCGGAACGAUAUUCCAAGGCGCAGAGUCUAUGUACCGUCGUGAAAACAGCCUGCGCGUUGAAACGAGCACAGACCAACAAGCCGCUUCGUCACACUGAAGCCACCUGUGGACCACCGUGUAGGAAUGGAUUUGGUGUUUUGUGUGUGUGUGUGGCUUUCUUCUUUGUUUGUAAUUGUGUAUGCUAUAUUAAUUUUCUUGUAGAAGAUGUGAAACAUUUAACACAAAGAUUUUAACUGCUAUUGAUGCAGAAAUAUAACCUGCAGCUGCCUUUUUUC